UGGCACAUAUAUAGGAAUGACAGGUGGUAUCCCCGACAGAUAACAGUGACAUCCCAUCACACGAGGCAAGAUGAAACGCAACACUCUACUCGUAGCAUUUGUCUGUGCAUCGUGCAUAGCAGUUGCAGAGAGCAGCUUCCUUGUAGCCGGUGCUUCUGCCAGCGCCGCUGCUGUUGGCGUCGCUGCAGUCAUAGGAGGCCUUGCUGCACUGAAGGGAGCAGCCAUCUUGGGCUAUGCCGUCGGAAGGAGUCUCGGCGGUCGUCGCUUCAGGAAAUCCGCUGAAACUCGAGCCGACGAAGGCGAGAACCUCCUCCUGUCCACCGUGGGGCAGCUCGACCCCAACGGCUGCAUCCUCAAGCUGAUUUGUCUGCUCCAGACGAAGGACCAGUCGACCCUUUCCCCCGAGGAGGACCUCCUACUAGGCAUGUUCGCCAACAGCACCGAGGCGCUGUCCUCCUACAACGCCGCCUUCGUCUACGCCACAGAAAUCGGCACGAAGACCCGCAGUCCGCGCGCCUGCAAAAAGUUCUUCCCCAGAUGCCCUCUCAGAGAUGACCAACUGGCGGGGCUCUUGCACCGGGCCUGGGGCUGUGGUCCUGACCUGCUUUUCGAGGAGGAGGAGCAGUGGUGAUGACUCCCGCUUUUAUUCCUCUUCCUCUUCUGUUCUGUUUCUUCUUCCUCUUCUUCGUCAACAUUUUCGACUUUUGUUUCUUACUUCCUGAAACGAAGAACUAGUAAUUACUUUUGUCAGUUCUUAAUGCAUUUGUAACAAACUAAGGUUAUCUUGUUCUUGUAAAGUUCUGACUGAAUAUAUUUUUGUAAUAAUUGUAAGAGUAAUAAAAUGUUCAUGAAAUUACGUGCACAAAACA